AAGAACAUUUUGUAUGGCAUGAUUAUUUAGAGUCGACAAAUUCAGAUGAAGUUCCACAGACAUCAUUUCUUCAUGUUGAGCAAAGCCUGCAGAAUGGUCUUCAUGAGGGCAUGAUGCUAGAAAUUCCCAGCAGGGUGACUCCAAAUACUUACUGGAUAGCAACCAUAGUGAUGGCAUGUGGACCAUUGCUUAGGCUGAGAUUUGUCGGACAAGAAGCUGAUCGGACGCAAGACUUUUGGUACGAUCUUACCAAAGUACAGGUGUACCCACUUGGUUGGUGUCGUGAUCAUCACCUCCGUCUUCAGCCACCGAGCGAACUUUUACCAAAACUUCUGGACUACGAAGCAUUUGCCAUACGAGCCUUGCAGAAUGCUGUGUCUGUGCCACCAGAAUUGUUGUCUGGUGAUGGCUUCACACCAGUUGACAGGAUCAAACAAGGCAUGAAGGUAGAGGUACAGGACAAAGUAGAACCUUAUCAGCUGUGGGUUGCUACGAUAAUAGAAAAUGUGGGAGGCCGGCUACUUCUGCGGUAUGACACGCCAGAUUCCUCCUCUCCGGACUUUUGGCUCUUCCACAGUUCUCAGCGGCUCUUCCCAAUGAGUUGGGCCUCACAAAAAGGUUCCCCGUGGUCGCUACACUGGCCAAGCCACAUGAAGACUCAUCAUGGCAAUGAGGAGUGGGAAGCAGUAAUGGAAAUGGCAAAGGAAGAUGCACGCAGAGUACCAUUGCCUCCUGACCUUUUUGAGAAUUACUAUUACAACAUUCCUGUUCACAAAUUUACCAUUGGAAUGAAAUUAGAGGCAGUUCAUCCUCGCAACAUGGUUGAAAUAUGUCCGGCCACUGUGGUUCGAGUAUUCCCACCAUAUUACUUUAUCAUCCAGAUUGACAGUUAUGCCACGGUGGAAACUGAUGAGACGGAGUCAUUCCAGCUAUGCACAAUAGAGCACCCGUACAUAUUUCCAGUUGGCUGGGCCCAGAAACACGAGCUUUGUCUGACUCAUCCUCGAGGCUGGACGACAAGUAAAGAUGAAUUUGAUUGGUCAGAGUACUUAAAAGUAACAAAGUCAAGUGCUGCUCCAGCUUCAUGUUUUCCUCAGCAGAAGUCAGUCAAGGAUCUAGGUUUUACUCCGGGAAUGAAACUGGAAGCCGUCAAUCCAGAGAACCAACAUCAGAUUUGUGCUGCAUCUAUCGUCAGGAUUAUUGAUCAUCUGUUGUGGAUACAUCUUGAGUCCAAUGACAGUUUUCACCCAAAUCAUAUAGUGAGCAUGGAUUCACAUGACAUAUUUCCUGUCGGCUGGUGUGAAAGCAAUUCUUACCCUCUGAAACCUCCACACUUGUACCAAGUGCCAGUGAAACGUGAGCAAAAUGAGAUGACUGUAAGUGAAAAGAAAGAUGCGAGUGCUUCAUCCAGUCCUCCACAACAGCAGCAGCAGCGCUCUUACUGGUGUCCUAAGAUCUACUUCAAUCACAAAUGUUUUUCUGGACCAUUCCUCAGCAAAGGAAAGUUAGCACAGCUGCCCAAAGCUGUGGGCCCUGGUCCAGUUACACUUGUAAUGCGGGAAGUACUGUCCAUGUUGAUAUCCGUGGCAUACAAGUCCAGCAGAGUGCUCAAAGAACUGCAGACAGAUGGAAAGCCCAAACCAGGCAUGCAUCUGGAAAUACUCAAGGCCAAGUACAAGAACAACACUUAUCGUGCCAGUGUUGCUCUUGUUACGUCUGCUGAUAAAGUGCCAUCCUUCUGUGAGGAAAUCUGUCUGAAGCUGCAGGUGUGCCCCUUCCUGUUUGGACCUAUUGCCAUUGGAGAAAAUAAUUGUCCAAAGAACUGCAGUACUCUCUCCAAGACUCGAUUCACUCAGUAUUGGGUGCACGGGAAACGCAAGAUUGGGCGUCCUAAAGGAGAGGCAAGUAAUAUAAUUCCACGGCCGAAGAAGAAGCGAGGACGCAAAAGACUGUUUGCCAGCGCAAAGGUGGAAACAGAAUGUGAAGCUGUACGAGAAGAGAGCAAUAAGGAAUCAGCUGAUGUAAUUCAAGCACCUAAUUCUAUAGAGAAUACGACUUUGUCAGGUAAUGACAGUGAUGCUAGUCAAGAUAUGGCGGAUAUGUCUGCUGGAAACUCCCCACCAGAAAGUGCUGGCAGCAGUAGCAGACGUAAAUAUUGCAAGAAGGAGUUCCCACGAUCAGAAAUAAAGACGAGGGGUGCCAAAUUGCCCAACUUUGCGCUGAAAAUGCGUGCUGGUCAUUGGACACAAAAAGAGUGGAAGGCGAAUUCAGAUGAUAUUUCACAUGUCGACACAAGAAGCAGUAGUUCAUUGUCCAGCAAUGGAGCAGUGAAAGUAACUGAGAGAACUCAAGAGUCCCCAAACAUUGUACAAGCUGAGGAUAAAGAAGCUGAUGGACUGAGUAGCAUUGCUUCACUGCGUAGCAGGGAAAAGCAACCUUCUCCCCAGCUACUGGGUGAUCAGUUUGAGCUUGAUUCAAACCCUCUACAUUGGACUCAAGAAGACGUGUACCAGUACCUCAUAAAAACAGAUGACUGUGGUGAUGUGGCACAAAAAUGCAAAGAUGAGCUAAUUGAUGGACAAGCAUUCAUGUUGCUGAAUUUUCCAACGGUUGAAUAGAGACCUUCUCAGAUACAAGAGAAAGUUAACAGUGAAAGAACUUCAGGGGAGAGAAGCAGAGUGCUUGAUUCUUGUACAGUCAGCUUUCCAUCUACAAUUGUGUUUUAAUAAAGAAAGAUUAUGGGUUCUCCAUGUAUGCAUCUGCCUGUCCUGUCCCAAAUAAUAUUUAAUCCAGUGCACCAAUUUUUGUGAAUUUUGUUGUGGUAGUUGUACAAACAUCUGAAGCACUACUGGUAUUUUAUGAAGGCACUUAAAAUUUGAAGUGAUAAUAAAUCCCUAAAAAUACACAACUUUUGUUGUGUUUAUCUUUGUGGCAAGAGCAAGAAGUAAUGUAUUUACUGUGUGGACAAUGUAAAAUUUUACGUGGCGAUAGAUCACAUAUAACGGUGAUAUUACUACGUCACGAAUAUUUCAUUUAAGUUGUUGGCUUCAUAUUCGAUACAUUGCUGGUCCAAUUAUUUGCCUAAAGGUCAUCUGCCAUAACUAAAUUUCAUGGUCUCUCUUUACCUUCUUGUGCAAAUACUGGUGUAUUACUUUAAAACAAGUCAUGGCUACUUCCUUCUAUAUCCUUUCCAGUUCAUCUUCCCACUUAGCAGUAUAUAACCUAUCCAGUUGAGAAUGCAGCAAAUAAAGAAACAAACAGCCAAACUUGACAACCCACUUCAGCACUUCUAUUUAAAUUUUGGUUCUCACCACCAAGGCAUUUACUAGUGUUACAGUACCAUGUGUUAAUUAUUUCAGUGAUUAUUAUUAUUGUCGUUGUUGAUGAUGAUGUUAUUGACCUAAAUAUUUAAAAUACUUGCAUGUUUUUGUCUCACCAGUGGUAUCAUUUUCACAUGUCUUAAAAACUUUUGGUAGUGAAAAGAAAAUUGGCUUAUUUCACAAGGUGAGACUCUUCCUGCUAUUUGUACCUAAUGUAUGGGCCAUCAUAUGCUUAUUAUGUAGCAAUGUUGUACAAAAUAAAAAACAUGUACAAAGAG